UCUUUUUCUAUUGGUAGGCCAAGCAUACUGUUCUUGUGUAGAAGAUGACCCCAAGUCAACUGCUUCUCUGUGACUGUACAAUUACUUGUCGAUUAAGAACUUUUGAUCAAUUUAUCUAUUGGUAGGCCAAGCUUAUUGUUCUUGUGUAGAAGAAGACCCCAAGUCAACUGCUUCCCGUGACUGUGCAAUUACUUGUCGAUGAAGAACUUUUCAUCAAUAAUUGAUCAUUCCUUACGAAGCAAAGACGCUAGACUUAGACCAGAGAAUGCACUUUUUCUACCUUUACUCUCCAUUGAACCUGUGCUUUAAGCUCUCUCUCCUACGCGUCUCUUCAUAAACUGAGUACUGUUUCUUGCUUCUUUCCACCGAGGAAUAUAAUAUUCCACUUCUCUCCAGCAAUCCCAGGCUGCUCUUUUGGGUCAGAAGCUUAUUGUCUCCAGGUAAUAUAGUUUCACAUGCUAGUAUUUAUAACUUGAUGUACUUAAUUUCUAGCUAUUGCAAUCUAUUUACUUGGCAGAAUUCUGGGUUUUUUGUUCACUUUGGCUACAUAAGAUGGGGGUGUGGGGUUACUUUUUGUUCCAUGGUACACCGGCUUAAGAGUAAGUCCUCACCAAGGACUAAUUGUGUGGUUUGAUGCAAUAUUUGAGAAUAGAAAGGAAACCAAAACUGGUAGCCAUGGCGAAUGGAAAUAUCAGCUUGAAAGCUGUGGUGGACAAGACAACAAAUAGAGUUGUCUUUGCUGAAUCUGAUGAGAAAUUUGUUGACAUUCUCUUCAGUUUCCUGACAAUGCCGGUGGGAACAACUGUCAGGCUUACCCGUAGUCGACCACCGACAACAAGUAUAGGUUGCAUGAAUAACUUAUAUAACAGCGUUGAGAUUCUUGACAAGCGGUAUCUCCGAACAGAAGCAUGCAAGACCAUGUUGCUAUACCCAAGAAAUGGGGCAAGUGCUCAAUGCAAGAACCUAAAACUGAAAAUUGAUGAUAGUCCACCCCUAAGAUAUUUUCUUUGCGGAAUGUGUAAUUCAAUUUCAAAUUAUAUGCUACUAAGUUAUUACGAAACUGCUGUUUGUGGAUGUGGAGGGCUUAUGAAUUGUCAGAGAGAUUUGAAGGAGAAAGAAACUACAAGAGUGGUCUUUGAUGAUCAAGAUGGAGGGGUGUUUGUCAAAGGACCGAUUCUACUGACAAUAAGUGAUGAAUUGCAAGUAAUGCCCUCAUCAACUCUAGCACGCCUUUCUUUAUUUUCUAAACUUGGGAUCAACGACACAAGCACCAUCGAAGAGAGGACUUUUUCUAUGGGAGUACGUGAGGCUUUAGAAUUGCUCAAGUGCUUGCUUGUAUCAAAGACACCUUUGACAGAAGCUCUGUUAGAACAAUGUAUCCCUUUGGUUUCUCUAAACAAUGUGGAAGGUUUUGAACGGGUAAGCUUCAGAAAAGUUAAAAUGGAGGAGGCUGCAGAAUCAAAUGAGGGUGGGGAGAUCUAUGUCAAACUCAUGGUCAGCAAAUCCAAAAACAAGGUCUGCUAUGCUGAAGCAAAUGAAAAGUUCGUUGAUUUGCUCUUCAGUUUCCUCACAGUUCCACUUGGGUUUAUAGUAAAAGAAAUGGGGGAGGGCAGUUCAAAAGCAUGCCUAAGUCACCUAUAUGAUAGCAUUCAGGAUCUUGAUGCUAGGCAAUGUUUAGUGUCCGAGGAAAAUACUGCAAUGCUAGUCAAUCCAAAGCUUGCUCCUGGAUUUAGCUACGAGGCGCAACCAUUAAACAUUGAAGAAUACAUGCAUCAACCUUUCUACCUUACCUCAGAUUGGAUACCACAGCUGACUUCUGAUGAAACGAUUGCUUCUUCAGUUUUAACUGUCAUGGACCCAAAGUCUCACUACAAUGAUAAUUCAAGUGGUAGAGGAUUUUUAAAGGGACCAACAAUGUUCACCAUAACGGAUGAUCUUAUCAUAACUCCAUUGUCCUCAAUCACAGGUCUAUCUGCUGCAAGAGAAUUGAAGGUACCAUUCAGCGACAUGGAAGAGCAUAUUGUGUAUGUUGGUAAAGAGGAGGCUUCACGUCUACUGGUGGCCUCUUUUGUCUCCGAAUCUGCUCUAACCAAUACCUUUCUGCUUAAAGAGUCAAAGCAAGGAUCUUAAGGGAGUUGUGUUUCAUUCUGGAGUGGUCAAACCAAGGAUUUCAUUGAAGUUCAAAUUAUACUUAUAGGGGUCAAGAAUGCUGUUACUCUUCUCAUACCAUAAUAUGUUACAUACCAUUAAAAUACGAAUCUUGAGUUUGUUUUUAGUCAUUAAUUAUUGUACUUGCUUAUUUCUCUAUUUCACUCAAAAUAAAGAUGCCUGUAGAUACGAUGUGGA